UCCUUUUGACAUUCACACUAUAAAACCAACCAUAAUCUACAAACCAAUCACAAACUCAAUCAUAGAAACAAACUCUACCAUUCAACAACAUCAAUGGGUAAUCAUAACUCUGUUCUAGAAGAUAAUUCAACUGAACCACGAUACGUUGAUUAUGCUCCAACUCAGAGGAGGCGUUCAACAAAAGCAAUGAAGAUGUCAGACACAGACUAUGAGCAACAUGGUAACAACAAACCACAAGUUAAUGAUGAAGCUUUCUCUAAAUUCAUUCACAAUGCAAAGAAAAAAAUCCGAAGUAUGUCAAACAUUGGGCAUCAUAAGAAUCAGAAACGAAACACUGCAGCAGAUGUAGCUAAUAAUAAUGUCGACACUAAAACAACAAACGAAAAUGAUGCAGAUCGGUUUUCUCAUUUUAUUCAGAAGACUAGGAAGAAGUUGAUGAGUGUUACAACUAUAAAGAAGAAUCAAACCUUCAAAAAGGGAAAAGAUGGUGGAUACUGAAACCAUUAGGUGUGUUUAUUGGGGAUUUGGAUUUGCUGCAGUUUGAAAUUAUUAGGUGUGUUUAUUACUAUUAUUAUUAUUAAUUUUUUUUUUUUUUAAAUUUAAAAACCUGUAUUAUAUGAUCUUGAUCCAAAAGUUAUAUUAUAUUGAUAUUAAACAGCAAUUUAGUGAUAUAUACAAGUUAUAAAAAUAUUUUCUAAUAGGACUCUUCUGUGUUGUUUUGUGUUAGUUAGUUCUUUGUAACAUUUUGGUCUUUGAAUGUAUUUAGUUGUAUUAAGAUUAUUUGUGAUCGAUUUUAAGUUUCAUUUUAUCUGUAUUCUACAA